CUUCGCGGGAAUUUCAGUGCAGUGGUAGAUCGGCUGUUUUCGACAACAAAACAUUUUCCUAGGAUUUUAGGACAAAAAAUUACUCUUUUUGUCUCCGGGUUGCACCAGUAGACAGUCAGCGAUAGCAUGUCAAAGAAGAAAGGACUGAGUUUGGAGGAGAAGAGGACUCGCAUGCUGGAGAUUUUCUUUGAAUCAAAAGAUGUGUUUCAGCUGAAGGACAUUGAGAAGAUUGCACCAAAGUCAAAAGGCAUCACUCCAAUGGCAGUGAAGGAGGUGCUGCAGAGCCUGGUGGAUGACAACAUGGUGGACUGUGAGCGAGUGGGGACGUCUAACUACUACUGGGCCUUUCCCAGUAAAGCCCUAAACACUCGGAAACACAAGCUUGAAGAGCUCAAGACGCAGAUUUCAGAAUCAAAGCGGAAGAAGGAGUCACUACAAAAAGCAGUGGAAGCUGCAAAAGUGGGACGUGAAGAUACAAAUAAGAGGAGCUCUCUGCUGAAAGAGCUGAAGGGUCUGAGAGAGGAGCGUACUGAGCUACUGGCCGAGCUGGACAAGUACAGAGAGUGUGACCCGGAAGUAGUCCAAGAGAUGAGGAAAUCAAAUGUGGUAGCCAAAGAAGCAGUCUCCAGAUGGACAGAUAAUGUUUUUGCCAUAAAGUCAUGGACCAAGAAGAAGUUCUCCUUUGACGAAAAUCGCAUUAACAAAGCUUUUGGGAUCCCCGAUGACUUUGACUACAUGGACUAAGUGUUGACCCUUGAACUCUUGCUCCUGCCUGCAUACACUGAGAAUGUUUGAUGUAGCACAAACCUUAAACCUACACAUCUGGCUCCCUGAUUCUUAUUCCGUCCUAACACACACAUCAAGAUUCAGGUCAAAUGGUCUGAGGAUAUCAGUGUAAAAUAUUGGUCACAAAAAAGCCUCUUGCUACGAUGAGAGAAGGGACUGAAACAAAGUCAGUCGUAUGUGAUGAAAGUGUAGCACUAUUUACACAAGCACUAGCCUUUAGCAGCUAGUCUGUAGCCACACCUGUUUGCGUGGAAACCAAGCCUUGAGUCGAUUAAUAGGAAUCAACAAUUUAUACUUCUUUGACAGUUAUGUUCCUAU